AUGGCUCACUACUACGAAGUGCUGGGGCUGCAGGCUAGCGCCUCCCCGGAGGACAUCAAGAAGGCCUACCGCAAGCUGGCCUUGCGCUGGCACCCCGACAAGAACCCUGACAACCAGGAGGAGGCCGAGAAGAAGUUCAAGCAGGUGUCCGAGGCCUACGAGGUCCUGUCCGACUCCAAGAAGCGCGUGGUGUACGACCGCGCAGGCCGCGACAGCUGGCGGGCCGGCGGGGCCAGCACCCCCUACAGCAGCCCCUUCGACAGCGGCUACACCUUCCGCAACCCCAAAGACAUCUUCCGCGAGUUCUUCGGAGGCCUGGACCCCUUCUCCUUCGACUUCUGGGACACCCCGUUCGGCAGCGAGCACGCGAGCCGGGGCCACGGGCUGCGCGGCGCCCUCUCGGCCAGCUUCGGCGAGUUCCCGGCCUUCGUGGAGGCUUUCUCAGCCUUCGACACCCUGGGCCGCGGCGGGGGCAGCGCCAGCCGUGCCACCUUCUCGUCCGCAUCCUUCGCCGGCUCUGGUUCGGGCAGCUUGGGCUUCAAGUCGGUGAUGUCGUCCACCAAGAUGGUCAACGGACACAAGAUCACCACCAAGCGCAUCGUGGAGAACGGGCAGGAGCGCGUGGAGGUGGAGGAGGACGGGCAGCUCAAGUCGGUGACCAUCAAUGGCAAGGAGCAGCUCAAACGCAUGGACAGCAAGUAG